GUCAGCGUCCCCGAGGGCCUCGCGAUGGUCGGUGAGGGUCGGUGAGGGCGGUCGGUGAGGGCCUCGCGAGCGACGACGAAGUGUGUGCAAAUGUCGUACUCUGCCCUUUCGACCUCCGCAUGGUACGUCCUAUAUCCCACCCUGAACGUCACGUCCUAUAUCCCAGCCGCACGUCACGUCCUCCCGCUCAUCCGCAUGGCACGUCCGCGCCCACAUCCUCUCCACCUCACUCAAAUCCGCCCGACACGUCCUCCCGCUUAGCCGCACACCGAGCACGGACGCGUCCGCACACCGAGCACGGUCGCGUCCACACACACCGAGCCCGAGCGCGUCCGCACACCAAGCACGGUCGCGUCCGCACACCGAGCACGGCGCGCCCGCA